GAGGGGCGCGGACUGUCACCGGACGGGUCUGCGCGAAAGCAGAACGGAGUUUUUCCUCCUUGGCUGGGCGGUGGGAGGAGGUGGUGGCGGUGGACGGUGCUUGGCAGAGGAUAACUGUGAUUGAAGCCGCCGGGGGGGACCUGGAGCUCGGUGUGCUGCCGCUGCUGUAAGCCCGCACAGCAUUAACAUGGAGCUCGAGAACAUCGUGGCCAACACUGUGCUGCUCAAAGCACGGGAAGGAGGGGGCGGGAACAGAAAAGGAAAGAGCAAGAAGUGGAAGCAGAUGCUGCAGUUCCCACACAUAAGUUUGUGCGAGGAGCUUCGACAAACCAUAGAGAAGGACUACAGCAGCCUCUGCGAGCGGCAGCCAAUCGGACGGCUGCUCUUCAGGCAGUUCUGCGAGACUCGAGCCGAGCUGAAGCGCUGCGUCAAGUUCCUGGACGCCGUGGCGGAUUACGAGGUGACACCAGAUGAGAAGAGGAAGGAGUGCGGACAGGAGCUCAUCGAAAAAUACUUCAACCCAAAGUCAGAGGACCACGUGCCUGAGGUGGAGGAGGCCAUGAUGGCUCAGUGCACAGAGAGGCUGCAGCAGGAGGCCUGCAAAGACCUCUUCAAGGACUGCACCAAACUGAUCCACGACUACCUGAGCAUGGCGCCCUUCGCAGACUACCUCGACAGCAUGUACUACAACAGGUUCCUCCAGUGGAAAUGGCUGGAGAGGCAACCAGUGACGAAAAAUACAUUCAGACAGUACAGAGUUUUAGGAAAAGGUGGUUUUGGAGAGGUGUGUGCCUGUCAGGUACGAGCCACGGGGAAAAUGUACGCCUGCAAGAAGCUGGAGAAGAAGAGGAUAAAGAAGAGGAAAGGAGAGUCUAUGGCCCUCAACGAGAAGCAGAUCCUGGAGAAAGUCAACAGCAGAUUUGUAGUGAGUUUAGCGUACGCCUACGAGACCAAGGACGCCCUGUGCCUCGUGCUGACUCUCAUGAACGGCGGCGAUUUAAAGUUUCACAUCUAUCACAUGGGUGACGCGGGUUUCGAUGAGAAGAGAGCCAUCUUCUACACCGCGGAGAUCUGCUGCGGCCUGGAGGACCUCCACCGGGAGCGGAUCGUCUACAGGGACCUAAAGCCAGAAAACAUCCUGCUGGACGACCACGGUCACAUCAGGAUAUCAGACCUGGGUCUAGCGGUUCAUGUGCCAGAGGGAGAAACCAUCAAAGGACGAGUGGGAACAGUGGGAUACAUGUCUCCAGAGGUGGUGAAAAACGAGCGGUACACCUUCAGCCCUGACUGGUGGGCGCUGGGCUGCCUGCUGUACGAGAUGAUCGAGGGCCAGUCGCCUUUCCAGCAGAGGAAGAAGAAGAUCAAGAGGGAGGAAGUGGAGCGGCUGGUGAGGGAGGUGGAGGAGGAAUAUUCCAGCAAGUUCUCCGAGGACGCCAAGUCCCUCUGUAAAAUGCUGCUGGCCAAAGAUCCCACCGAGAGGCUGGGCUGCCUAGGGGGCGGAGCCACUGAGGUCAAAGCUCAUCCCAUCUUCCGCUCCAUCAACUUCAAACGGCUGGAGGCCGGCAUGCUGCAGACACCCUUCAUCCCUGAUCCUCAGGCCAUCUACUGUAAAGACGUGUUGGACAUCGAGCAGUUCUCCACAGUUAAAGGAGUGGAGCUGGAGCCCAAGGACGAGUCUUUCUACAGUAAAGUGUCCACGGGCAGCGUUUCCAUUCCCUGGCAAAACGAGAUGAUCGAGACAGAGUGUUUCACAGAGCUCAACGUUUUCUACCAGGACGGGGCGGUUCCUCCUGACCUGGACUGGAGAGGACAGCCGUCUCCGACACCCAAACAGGGACUCCUGCAGCGACUGUUCGGCAGAAAUGACUGCUGUGGUAACUGCAGCGACAGUGACGAGGAGCCCACCAGGCUGUGACAAACCACACACAUACCAUCUGAUUUGUUUACAACUUUUGCACAUUUGUAUUUUUACGGUAGUCCUAUCUAAAUGUCAGAAUGUAAAUUUUCAUCAUAGCCAUAAUGUUUAAUGUUAUUUAAAAGUGUGAAAUAUCUGCUGUUUCAAAUCAGGAGGCGGAGACAGAAAACGAACUCUGGUUUUUUUGGUUUUUUGCCUUUUAUUUUUAGUUUGUUGUUGUCAUUUGUCCAGGGAAGACUUUGCUUUUGUUUUCAUCCACUCACACACUGAACUGAGGGCUGCUUCUGGCUGCGAAGCAGCUCCACUGGAACAAGCGCCUGCUGUAGAAGUGCCUUGCUUGAGGGCACUGUGAAGUGAGGACCGAACAUUCCUCCAUGUCUUUGUCCAGGGAAACUUUCAGCCUGUGAACUGUGACCACUUCUUCUGCCCUCCAUCCUGCUGAGACGAACCUCACCGCUUUUUUAUUCUCUUGUUUGCGAGCUGGGACAUUCAGGGUUUGAACAUUUGGGUUUUUUUCAGAAUUUUUCCGAUGGAUUUCAUGAGACAAUCGACUCCUCGUGUGUGUCAGCGCAGCUUCAGUCACUCUUGUCAGUAAAAUAUCAGUUUUCAGAUGUGAUGGGAGAUGAGCCGUCCAGUUUUAACAGAAACUCUGAGAUAGAAAUGAUCACCCUUAAUCACUUCUGGUCACUCAGAGCUGCAUUGACCAACACACCUUAUUGUGCCUUCAUUUCACUCACUCUGGUUUAUCCUGGCGAGGUUUGGAAAGCAGCUAUGAUUAGGUACUGGCUGAAAUUCAGAGCAGCAGCAAAGAAAACUGUUACACCAGCUCUGGUAGUUUCCAAACUGCCACCUUUAACCCCUGAUAAUAACAACAGUCAGCCCGGGUUUCGUUUACCCACCAAGACAUCUGGUUGUCCAAAGGUUUUGUUUUUUCUUCAGUGGCAUAAAUGUUGUGUUUCAAUCACAAGAGUCAGCAUGAAUGAAACUCAACAUGUCACAAAGAUCUACAAUGAUUGUGAUUGAUUAUCUAAAUAAAAGAUGAAAGUAUAUGACUGAAGACACAAAUCUGAAUUAGUUGGUAAAAAUUAAACUACGAAAUGAUGACACAAAUAGUUACUACUUAUUUUGUUGCAUAUCGCGAGACAAGAGAAGGCUUGUGUGAUUGUGACGGAAACUAAAAUCAUCAUGUAGGCCAAUAACACACUGAUCUACGUGCACCGGGUCAUGUUACAAACCGGCUGUGCUGGCAGCCGGUGCAAGCUGCUUUGCAACCCCCCGCCAAACCCAGAUCCUGUCACUGAUGCUGUAGCUCCCAGACCAGACUCAUACUGCCAAAUAUAAAGCGCUGCAGA